UAAAGUUUUGUGGUUUUUGAAACCUUCCUCUUCACGCCGGCAACCAUGGCGGACUACGAUCUGACCACCAGGAUCGCGCAUUUUCUGGACCGGCACCUGGUCUUCCCGCUUCUCGAGUUCUUAUCCGUCAAAGAGAUUUACAAUGAGAAGGAACUGCUGCAAGGGAAGUUGGACCUGCUCAGUGACACCAACAUGGUGGACUUUGCCAUGGAUGUGUAUAAAAACCUCUAUCCUGACAAAGAGAUCCCCCCAACUCUAAGAGAGAAAAGGACCACGGUUGUCGCACAACUGAAACAGCUUCAAGCAGAGACAGAACCGAUCGUGAAGAUGUUUGAAGAUCCUGAAACGACUCGACAGAUGCAGUCGACUAGGGAUGGACGGAUGCUUUUUGACCACCUUGCUGAUAAACAUGGGUUCAGACAGGAGUACCUGGACACGCUCUACAGAUACGCCAAGUUCCAGUACGAAUGCGGAAACUACUCCGGAGCCGCCGAGUACCUGUACUUCUUCAGGGUGUUGGUGCCCUCAACAGACAGGAACGCCCUCAGCUCCCUUUGGGGAAAGCUGGCUUCAGAAAUCCUGAUGCAAAAUUGGGAUGCCGCGAUGGAGGAAGUCACCAGGCUAAAGGAAACAAUCGAUAACAAUUCUGUGAGUUCUCCACUCCAGUCUCUUCAGCACCGAACCUGGCUCAUCCACUGGUCGCUCUUUGUCUUUUUCAACCAUCCUAAGGGCCGAGAUAACAUCAUUGACCUGUUCCUCUACCAGCCUCAAUACCUGAAUUCCAUUCAGACCAUGUGCCCACAUAUUCUCCGAUACCUCACCACCGCAGUCAUCACCAACAAAGAUGUCCGGAAGAGACGGCAAGUCCUGAAAGAUUUGGUGAAAGUGAUCCAGCAGGAAUCUUACACCUACAAGGAUCCCAUCACAGAGUUUGUGGAGUGUUUAUAUGUUAAUUUUGACUUUGACGGAGCACAGAAGAAGCUAAGAGAGUGCGAGUCAGUGCUUGUGAACGACUUCUUCCUUGUGGCAUGUCUGGAAGAUUUCAUUGAAAAUGCCCGGCUUUUUAUCUUUGAGACCUUCUGCCGCAUCCAUCAGUGUAUCAGCAUCAACAUGUUGGCCGAUAAGCUGAAUAUGAGCCCCGAAGAAGCUGAGAGGUGGAUUGUCAAUUUAAUUAGGAAUGCCAGACUGGACGCCAAGAUAGACUCCAAACUGGGUCAUGUUGUAAUGGGAAACAAUGCCGUGUCGCCCUAUCAGCAAGUCAUCGAGAAGACAAAGAGUCUUGCCUUCCGCAGUCAGAUGCUGGCAAUGAAUAUAGAAAAGAAGAUGAACCAGAACACCAGAACUGAUGCACCGACCUGGGGGGCUCAGGACUCCGGGUUCUACUGAUAACUUAUCACCACAGUUCCUGAUAUAAUAUAUUCAGCAUCUUGCACAUUCCCACCUCCGUGUAAGGUUCAAGUAUGUUAAUAAAAUUGUCUACCAUUCAUUUUA